AUGCUGCCCAAGGAAGGAAUCCCAAAACCCAUCCGCGGCUUCCAAUCCGUCCUCGAGCGUGACGUCUACCACAUCGUCCGGAAGCUCGAGGCCGGCAACGACGACAAACCGUUCAAAUCCGUCACCGUCGUCUACGACGCCAUCAAACGGUCAAACUCGAGCCUCGGCCGGCAGAAGAAGCGCCCUCUCGAGGAUGCCAUCGACCGCGUUCUCCAGAUCCGCAAGCAGGAGCGGCAGCAGGACCAGUCCGACGACUCCGAGGCCGCCAUCGACGAGUUCGAGCCUACGAACCCCGGAGACGACAGGUUCCUGCUCAACCGCCAGCUGACGAAGCUGUGGAAGACGUCGUCCGCCUCCCCUCGGGACGCGAGCGAGCAGCCGGCCGUGAAAAAGCGUCGUAUCCAGAGCGAGGACGACGACAGGCAUGACCGACCGGCCGACGCCGACAACGGCCCGUCUGCCGGCACCGAUGCCGCCGUCGGGCCGUCGAAGCAGGACAAGCCGCCGACGAAAAGGCCGCCCAAGUCGAGCCGGUUCCGAGUCGAGCAGCCCGACCGGCUGCGGAGGUUGGCCGGCAUGGACGACGUGUACGGCAAGCUCCUGCGCCAAACCUGGCACAUGCUGCGGCCGUCGGGCGUCGAUGCGCAGGGCCACGGCCGCAAGACGACGGGAAUCGUCCUGUCCGGACCCUCGGGCAUCGGCAAGCGGACUCUUGUGCAUAAUCUGGCGGCGAGCAACCGUGUGCCUCUCGUCUCCUUGGACGCCUGCUUCGAAGACGCCGAGCGGAUGGAGCGAAGCCUUUCGGAGGCCUUCGACGCCGCCAUCAGCCUUUCGCCGAGCAUCAUCUUUCUCGACGACAUCGACCAGUCCAUGUCGGCCCAUGGCUCCUCGAAGCACGGCGAGCACCACCAGCGUGCCGUGCGCAUCUUCAAGCAGCAGAUGGAGCGCAUCGCCAAGAGCUCCCAGAAACGAGGCCACGUGCUCGCCAUGGCGACGACGUCCAAGCUCGCCGACGUGGAUCCUGACCUCCUCGCCUACGGCCUGUUCGAGGAGUCCGUGCCGCUCAGGGUGCCCGACUGCGCCGCCCGUCGCGAUAUCCUCGAGGCCGUCACGGAAGGCUCGCCGCUGUCCGAGGACGUGGAUCUGACCGAGAUCGCCAAGCUGACGCACGGAUACGUCGGCGCCGACCUUGCCGCCAUCACGAAGCUCGCCUGGGCCAGGGCCAUGGAGCGGGAGCACGGCGCCGACUGCCCGUUCGACACCACCGCCGACAUCCACGCCAUGCUCCGACGACACCUCCAAGCGCCGGACCUGACGGUAUUCCCGAACCUAGAUUCGCACCAGGACGGCGCGCUCAAGGCCCUCGCCAUAACCAUGGACGACUUGAAAGCCGCCACGCGGCGCUUCACGCCCUCGCUGAGGAAGCAGGGCUUCACCGCCAUACCGAGCGUCACCUGGGACCAGGUCGGUGCCAUGGAGGUCGCUCGCAAGCAGCUGCAGAUGUCCAUCAUCGGACCCAUCAAGAACCCCGAGCUCUACCAGAAGUUUGGCCUCACGAAGCCCGCCGGCGUCGUGCUGUACGGACCUCCGGGCUGCGGCAAGACGCUGGUCGCCCAGGCCGUCGCGAGGGAGGCGCAGGCAAGCUUCAUCCUCAUCAACGGACCCGAGCUGCUGAACAAGUACGUCGGAGAGUCCGAGCGGGCCGUGAGGGAGCUGUUCCAGAGGGCUCGCUCGUCGAGGCCGUGCAUCCUCUUCUUCGACGAGAUCGACUCCAUCGUGCCCCCGCGGAGCAGCUCGUCGACCGAGUCCGGCGCGCGCGUCGUCAACGCCCUCCUCACCGAGCUCGACGGCGCCCAGGACCGCAGCGGCAUCUACGUCAUCGGCACGACGAACCGCGUGGACAUGAUUGACGAGGCCAUGCUCCGGCCCGGUCGCCUGAGCGUCCAGGUGCUCGUCGACCUUCCCACGCCCGCCGAGAGGGUCGAGAUCCUCCGCGCCAUCUACCGCACGAACCACAGCGAGGUGACCGAGGAGGCCCUCCAAAGCCUGGCCGCCGUGGCUCUCGACGCCCGCUGCACCAACUUUAGCGGCGCCGACCUCAACGGGCUGCACACCAAGGCGGCCGAGCAUGCCGUCGAGAGGUGGCUGGCGACCGGAAGCGAGCCGCCCCUCGUCACCCAGGCGGACUGGGACCACGCGCUGGACAACACGUACGCGAGCGUGAAGAAUCCUGCUUCCUACGGCAGCCUGGCGCUGCCCGAGCAACAGCGGCGGAAGCGUUGA